AUUCCGGUUACGCACCGUUCAGAGGGCCCAUCGACGGUUCGCAGCGCCACAAGCAGCUGAAGAAGAAGUCACCAUACCUGGGCACACGGCCACGUUUACAGUCAGUAAUGGAGAGCCUGCUGGAUAAUCCCAUGAAAGCCGUUCUUUACCUGAAGGAGCUCACCACUAUCGUGCAGAACCAGCAGAGCCUGAUCCAGACGCAGCGCCAACGCAUCGACGAACUCGAGCGAAAGGUGGAGGACCUGAUAGGAGAGAACCGAAAUUUGAGGGACCCCCACCACUACGUCCAGCAGCCCCCUCAACAUCACCACCAUCACCACCACCCGACUCACCGCAGCGCCAGUCCCCAGGCACCGGCCAACCUCCAUCUGCACCCGGUGAGCAACAAGGCUGCGGCUCAACUCGGCCAGCAGGCGCAGCAGCCGCCGCCGCAGCUGCAGCAUCAGCAGCAGCAGCAUCAGCAGCAGCAGCAGCAGCAGCAGCAGCAGCAGAUCCCCGGUCUGUCGGCCCAGCCUCAGCAGCAUCCCAUCUCUCCCGCACCAACCGCCCACCACCCCCAACAGCUCCAGCUCGUCCCCACCUCACCACAGUCGCCCAAAACGAGCCAAGCCAGCCCGGACUCCGUGGAGGAGGACAAGAGGAGCCCCUGCUGCAAGUCCCUGGUUCCGCAGACUCCCACCACUCUCUGCCGCUCCGUCGGGCUGGCGAGGAAAACGGACAACCAAACAGUGCUUCACCAGUUCUGCUGCCCCGCCCCCGAGGCCCAUGACGGGGAGACCUCUACUGCCUGUGUCCCCAGCGAUGACCUUCCUCCAGAACCGUCUAUCGGGGAGGAAGGGAAGGGAGGAGAGGGGGAGCUGCAGAGUGAGGUCGAGGCACAACCACAGCCUGAGCAACCGCUGCAAGAACCUCAGCCACAGACGCAACCCCCCCCACAGCCACAGACUCAACCCCCCCCACAGCCACAGACUCAACCACCCCCACAGACUCAACCAUCCCCAGAGCAACUGUCUCAACCUCCCCCAGAGCCCCAGUGUGAGUCCCAACCUGAGCCUCAGCCCGAACCACAGCCCGAAACCAAACCUCAGCCAGAACUCGAACCCGAGCCCCAGCCUGUACCGGAGCCCGAGCCCGAGCCCGAGCCCGAGCCUGAGCCCGAGCCUGAGCCCGAGCCUGAGCCCGAAGUGGAGGAAGCUGAACAGGGCCCCCCUGAAGCCCCUUCACCUCUUGGAGAGGAGCAGACAGUGGUGGAGCAAGAGAAGGAGGAAGAAGAAGUCGAGGAGGCAGAGAGAAAGCAAGAUGGAGAGGAGGCGCAGCCCGAGCGGCGUGAGAGCGAGGCAGCACAGGAGGCAGAGGAGGAGGAGGAAGGGGGAGGAGCUAAAGGAGGGGGGGCGGGCAGGAGGGCCAGCCUGCACCACACGGCCUCGCCCCUGAGGGUGCAGCGCAACGGGGCCGGCUCGCACUCCGCCACCUCCGACUAUGAGCUCUCGCUUGACCUCAAAAACAAGCAGAUCGAAAUGUUAGAGCACAAAUACGGGGGCCACCUCAUCUCCCGCCGCGCCGCCUGCAAGAUCCAGACCGCCUUCCGCCAGUACCAGCUCAGCAAGAACUUCGAGAAGAUCCGCAACUCGCUUCUGGAGAGUCGCCUGCCUCGACGCAUUUCCCUGCGAAAGGUCCGUGUGCAAAACACUGAGGGCUUCUCCGCUGAACGGGCCCUGGCAGAAGGCUGCAACCUCACAGGCAUCCCAUUGGUGCGCUCACCGUCCCUGCCGGCCACGGUGGGCGGCAGCCUGACCGACCUGGAAGACUCCUUCACGGAACAGGUCCAGUCUCUGGCCAAGUCUAUAGACGAUGCACUCAGCAACUGGAGCCUGAAGACCAUGUGCUCACUGCAAGAAGGCGGCACCUAUCAGUUCACUGCCGACUCCUUCAGUGCAGCCGCAGCAGCAGCAGCAGCACAGAGGUGGGGGGGGGGGGGAGAAGGAGGAGUUGUGAGGGAGUCAUCGCUUCCUCAAGUCCCGGUGGACCCGAGUGACCUGUCGAGAAGCGCGAGCAAACUGAUGAUGGCGUUCCGCGAUGUGACGGUGCAGUUUGACGCGCAGAACUUCCGCGUCUCAUCUUCAGUCGUGGAAUCGUCCACGGUCACCCUCGGCAGCAGCGUCCAACCAGAAGGAACCCCCGCCAUUGUCACAUCUGCUUCCUCAAACUUCACUCCGGCCUCCAUACCUCCUGGCCCCUCACAAGAGCCCCCACCUUCUCAUGUUGAACUCCCAGCUGAACCCAUAGAUCCCCCGCCGCCUCCCCAGGAGCCCCCUCCGCCCCCGGAAUCAGAGUUAGAAGAAGACGAGCAGGACGAUGAUGAUUUCCCCGCUCCUCCCCCGAGUGAAGAAGAGAUUGGGGAUGACGAACAGCCUCCCCUCACCCCUCUGGAUAAGAUGGCUGCUCCUCAGAGCCCAGAGGAGAUGUUGCCACCGCACACAGAGCCCCUGUACGCCCCUCCAGCCCUGAUGGUGAGCUCCCCCAUGGCGCAGCCGCUGGAGGUGAAGAGGUGCGGCUCAGAGACGGCAGACAACAGCUCGGAGCAGAUGAGCAGCAGCAGCACGUCCACAGAGGCCCGCUCCACGUCUGAGGCCUCGUCCAAGGAGGCGCUGCAGGCCAUGAUCCUCAGCCUGCCGCGCUACCAGUGUGAGAACCCCGCCAGCUGCAAGUCCCCCACCCUGUCCACCGACGUCAUGCGGAAACGCCUCUACCGCAUCGGCCUCAAUCUCUUCAAUGUAAACCCUGACAAAGGUCUUCAGUUCCUGAUCUCUCGAGGCUUCAUCCCAGACACACCCAUCGGCGUCGCCCACUUCCUGCUGCAGAGGAAGGGCUUGAGCCGGCAGAUGAUAGGAGAAUUCCUCGGAAACAGCAAGAAGCCUUUCAACAGAGAUGUCCUAGAUUGUGUGGUGGAUGAGAUGGACUUCUCAGGCAUGGAGCUGGACGAGGCUCUGAGGAAAUUCCAGGCCCAUAUUCGUGUCCAGGGAGAAGCCCAGAAAGUGGAACGUCUUAUCGAGGCCUUCAGUCAGCGCUACUGCAUGUGUAACCCCGACGUGGUGCAGCAGUUUCACAACCCGGACACCAUCUUCAUCCUGGCCUUCGCCAUCAUCCUGCUCAACACGGACAUGUACAGUCCAAACAUCAAGCCCGACCGCAAGAUGAUGCUGGAGGACUUCAUACGCAACCUACGAGGUGUUGAUGACGGAGCAGAUAUCCCCAGAGAAAUGGUGGUGGGAAUCUAUGAAAGAAUACAACAGAGGGAGUUACGCUCCAACGAAGACCACGUCACCUACGUCUCCAAGGUGGAGCAGUCCAUCGUGGGAAUGAAAACGGUUCUCUCUGUCCCUCACAGAAGACUGGUGUGCUGCAGUCGACUGUUUGAGGUGACUGAUGUCAACAAGGCCCAGAAACAGGCGGCGCACCAGAGAGAAGUCUUCCUCUUCAAUGAUCUCAUUGUGAUCUUGAAGCUCUGUCCAAAGAAGAAGAGUUCUGCAGCCUACACCUUCUGCAAAGCAAUGGGCCUGCUUGGCAUGCAGUUUCAUCUGUUUGAGAAUGAAUACUACCCUCAUGGUAUCACCAUCCUCUCCCCUUUUGGCUCGGACAAGAAGCAGGUCCUUAACUUCUGUGCCCAAAGUGCAGAGGAGCUGCUUAAGUUCGUAGAAGAUCUGAAGGAAUCAAUCGCGGAGGUGUCGGAGAUGGAGCAGAUACGCAUCGAGUGGGAGCUGGAGAAGCAGCAGGGGGCCAAGGCACACUCAGUGAAGAACAACGGCACCCAGCUAGAACUGCGUGGCAAACAGGGCUCCCCAUCAGGAAACCAGGAGAUGGAUGAGCGAAGUGGACACAAUGCAGUAGAGGUGUCAAUUCACAACAGGCUUCAGACGUACCAGCUCAGCAGCACGGCUCCGAGUCCCGAGAGCGUGGCCCUUCUUAACCACCGGGGGGAGCUGCUCUUCCAGCAGGGGCCCCAGGGGCUAACCUACGGGCCGGUGCCUCCCCCUCAGCACCCGCAGCUGCAGUCAGCAACAAGCACCCCCGCCCACCACCUCCACCUCCAGCAGCACCACCAGGCGGCCGUCAGCAUGUCUGAUCUGAGGCCCGAAACACUGAUCCAGUGUCAGCAGAUCGUCAAGGUCUUCAUGCUGGACAACAGCGGCCACGGACACAUGGAGGCCUUCCUCAGCCAGACCCCCACCCACCACCACUACCAGCACCACCACCACCACAGCCACCACCAGCUCAGCCACUCGGCCAUGUCCACCCCGGUGCGCUCGCCGGACAGCUCUCACGGCAACGACGGCCACCAGCCCCCGCUGCCCCCCCCACCUCCGCCUUACAACCACCCACAUCAGUACAUACCCCCAGACCCUCGCCUCAGUCUACACCGGACCCCAAGUGGCUCACGGAGCAUGGUGUAAAUAAAUAAAUUAGUAGUCUAUCCCUAAAACACCCACGUUCACACACCCUAACCCCACCCCUUCUCUACCUAUUUAAGUACAUAAUGUACAUAUAUACAUACAGAUGAAAGAGCUAUAAUAAAAAAAUGAAAUCUCACUUAUAUGCAUAUAUUUAAGGAAAGAAAAUAAACUAAAAGAAAAAGUUUCAAAAGAGAAACGGAGAAAUAAAGUGCAUAUAUACAGUUUUACUUGAUUCCACAUGUAUUUUGAAAUAUUAUGUAGUUUUAACAAAUUUCUAAAACUUUUUGUCAGUUUUAACUCUUGCUAGGAAAACACAGAUAUUCAGUUUCUGGAUGGAUGUCUUCUCGUUGCAUCCUCAACAACAACAGAAAUGGACUGUGAUGGAUCGACACCUUCCAAGGACCCUCUGCUUCUGUCCGCUCUCUUCAUCCCCUCCCCCCUCAUGCCUACUGUGCUGUAUGUGCGCCUGCGUGCAUAGUGAACACUUACUGAAAACCUGUGCCAAAAUACAUAGCCUCCACCUUACACUGACUUCUUUACACUUGAUUAAACGCUAGGGCUAGAAGAAAAUACAAAUAAAAACUCUAUCCUUUACUUUAAAACAGCCCUUUCUUGCUUCUCCCUCAAGGACCACAAAAAAAUAAAAUAAAACUGAUAUUCCAUUAAAAAGAAAACACUAUCUCCGGUUAGUGCUGUUUUAUUUUGGUGAUUGAGAGUCUUCUCUCUUCUUCUCUGCUCCCCUGGAUAAAAAAAAACUAAAGAAGAAACGAUAUCCUGCGAUAAGCUGCGUUUUUCCUCCGCUCCUCUGUUGUGUUGUGGCUCUCUAUCAUGAGAAAACACUCUCACUCAAUUGUCACUCUCCAUAGAUCAUCCUACAGUGUAGUAUGACAGGAAACAAAGGCGACCAAUCACAUCAUAAGGAUGCUGCCAAAACCAAAAAGUCGGCCCGGGAUUCUCCUGUUGUUUGUCUUUCACUCUCCAUGUGUAAUAUCGCUAACGCUUCCCAGGAGUAAUGCCACAUGUUUGAUGCUGAUGGCGGGGUUUUUUUCAUACACUGAAAUUGUUUCAGCUGCUGAAACUGCUCUCGGAUUUUUCUAGAACUCGAUACAGCAUUCACAUGUAAUAAAUGUCCUGUACACUGUGCUGUCAUCUGUUGUGAAACGCUCCAUCGCUUCUUCAGGGACAUCGCCAUGAAUUUCCAUGAAGAUUGCUUCUGCAACUGUUAACUGUCAAGAUCUGUGUUCUAUUAUGGUUUGCGUAAAAAGCAUAUUCAACCUUUGUGUGUUUUCCCCACAAAACAUCCAGACACUGUCUCUUUAUAUCCGUACAUCUCGCAGGUUUUUGUUUCAGAUCCUCUCUUUUCCCUCCUAACCUUUUAGUCUGACAUUUAGAAGAAAAAAAACUAGGCAAAAAGAUAUUGCAAAUGCUGGCAUUAAUGGUAUUGUUUGUGCUGUUUGCAAGCCUGCUUUAAAUAAGGACAGGCUAGGACAAAGAUAAUGCAUUAUCUGAUCUCUUUCUAUUUCACCCCAGCCUAGAUUGUAAAUAUCACAUUGGAGCAGUGUCGGAAAGGACAACAAGCUGCCUUUAGCCUCGUCAAAAUGCUAUUACCCUGUCACACGUCCCUCAUUCGGAAAUAGGUCAACAUCCAUCUUUUAAACAAUAGCCCCACCAGGUACUGCGUGAAUAACAUUUGAUUAACUCAGCCCCCAUCUGACCCGCACCUUUGUUGGUUUAUUCUCAAAGAGCCACUGCAGGGAGGUCUCUAUCUCAUCUUUGUUGUCCUUUUGCGCUCAACAUUCCCCCCAUGGAAAGACAGAGGUUGCAGGAAAAAAAGGCAGAGAUAAUGAGUGUUUGACCUCACAGUAGCAUCCUAACUUUCCUGUCAACAAAUCCAACUUCAUGCUUUUGUUUCACAGCACAAUAAGAUGAAUUAACGCUUUCAUUAAUGAAUAAAGAGCUGUUAUGACAGUUUUAAUAUUUUUUACUGGCUAUGAAUAAACGUAUGAAGGUUAUGUAAUACAAAUCAGUUGCAACAGUUCUGACAUUAUGGAUUUUAGAGUGAUGUAUGAUGAUUGUAUGAUUGCUAAUUUGUUUGAAUCGAAAUUCAGAUAUAAAUGUGAUAUUGUUUUCUCAUGCAUGCCAUCAGGCCUAUUGAACUUUGAUUCCCAAAGGUUUAGAUUAUUUUGUGCAUGACUGAAUCUGCUGUGAGCAUACCAGUGGGAAAUGAGGAUGACAGAUUUUUUUGUUUCUGGGCUAGCCAAAAAAGAAAGCAAACAGUCGAACAGAAAAUGGAUUUACAACAGCAAAUGUAAGGCCUAACAAUGGCCAUUUUUGUGUGUCUGUCACAAUGUUUUCUUUAGUUGCAAACUUGGUAAUGUGUUGAAGCUUUUUGGGGGGGAAAAUACAUCCUUUGUGUGAAAUAAAGUGAAAAUGAUGAGUUUAUGUUUGAAAGGAAACCAAUGUAGCAUUUUGGGAGAGCAGCAUAUGAUAUCGAAGCGCAGUAGUGGCUAACUUUCUUAAAGAAAUUAAAAAAGGGCUCUGCCAUACCAGUGCACCGCUUCAUAAAAGACAUAUCGACUUGGUCUGGCUCUUCAACACUGUGUUUGCUCAUAUAGUUCAAAUAAAAAUGACAUAUUUAAGGUAAGAACAGGUGGAAACUGAGUGUAACAGAUAUGAACCAUCACCUCCCUCCUUCUCUACCUGUCUGUUUGCAAUAUAUCAACAUGCUAUUAAAGAUGAUUUAAGUCUAUUCACUACAGUGGUUUGUUUUGGUUCUUUUGAUUUUGUAGUUUGAAUUUUUGAAAUAAUGAAAAGCCACCAUUGGCCAAUUUGUUAAGACUUGCUAUGGAAAUAUGUUUUAUUUUGAAACGGUGUAACCAAGACUCGUAUCAGCAAAAAGAAACCAGUAAAACAAGAAACAAGAAAGAGGAAUCAACAUGUGCCAUAUCCUCCUAUAUAUGUGUGUAUAAGGAAAAUAUACAGGUAAUAUGUCAGUCUUUUGUUUCGGACUGGUUUCUGCUGCCCCCAAGUGGCCAAAAAUGAACUACAGCUUUAAGGAGUCAUGUGUUUCUUAACCUUCUGUUUUUUUGUAAUAUUAUUGGACUGUUUGUAGCAUUUAACCAUAAAUCAGCAGAAUUUAACUUUA